UAUACAGUGCCAAACGCUGCGUUGUAUUUACAAUGUCCAAAUAAAAAUCAAAUACUUCAUUGAUUUACUGUGCGACUUGGAUCAAUUCACAACAACUAGUUUAAGUAAACACUUUGAGUGUUAGGUAAAAUUAUAACCUCUGGAAAAGGGAUCCCUGUUAGACUACAACGAUGUCUGCAACUGUAACUUCUUCGUCCGCAUUUGCAGAACAAUCCAAGCAAAAAACCUUGUUUUGUGGCGAUGUGAAUGGGAACUUCCUCAGCUUGUUUUCCCGCGUUGAGACCAUUGUAAAGAAGUCUGGUCCUUUUGAUGUUUUGCUAUGCGUGGGAAAUUUCUUUGGCGAAGAUAAUUCACAGUUGGAUGCUUACAAAAUGGGGUAUAGAAAAGUUCCAGUACCUACUUAUGUUUUUGGACCCAGCAACAGUGAUCAUUGUCAAUAUUACUGUGAAGAAGGAUCUGAAAUCGUCCCUAAUGUGGUUUAUAUGGGAAAAAGGGGCAUCUUCACAACAAGCCAAGACAUUAAAAUAGCAUACUUAAGUGGUUUAUCCCGCAGAGAACUCGGCAAAGACAUGCCCAUGUGUACAUUUGAGCCAAGUGACUGCAGUGCCGUAAGAGAUGCUUGUUUCCGAGGCCAGAGUGAAUACAGGGGUGUUGACAUACUGAUUACUACUCUGUGGCCUGCAGGGAUACAGCAGGAUGAAACUCAAAAGGUAGAAAUAGAGCAAGAAAGAACAUCAGAUUUAAUAGCAUGGCUAACUAUGCAUAUUAAACCAAGGUAUCAUUUGGUGCCUUCACCAAAUAAAUAUUUCGCGAGGCAACCUUACAGAAACCUAAGUGUCCAUCAAGACUAUAGAGAAAGUGCAACUAGGUUCAUAGCAUUAGCGCCCGUUGGUAACAAGACUAAAGAUAAAUGGAUCUACGCUUGUUCACUACAGUCCAUCAGUAAGAUGCGUAUGACAGACUUGCUGCAGGCAACCACUGAUGAAACGGCUUGUCCGUUUGAUCCGGAGCUGUUGAAGCAGCAUCAGCCAGGGAAGGUUGUUAAGUUUACUGGCAACGGGCAAUUCUUCUACGACAUGGACGCAAAAGAUGAUGACCACGGCGGCAAAAGAAAAAGGAGGGGCGACCAUCAAGACAGAAAGAGGAGGGAAUUCGAUCAAGAUCAAUGCUGGUUCUGCCUGGCGUCACCAACUGUGGAGAAGCACCUCGUCAUAUGUGUGGGCGAGCAUUGCUAUCUCGCUCUGCCCAAGGGGCCUCUCACUCCGGACCAUGUCCUGAUAUUACCUAUUACACAUCACCAAUCGCUGGUUAAAGCGCCCGAAGAAGUAGCAACAGAUAUAAAGAAGUUCAAAGCCGCGCUCCGCAACAUGUAUGAAGCCAGUGGCAAGGCGGUCGUGUUCUUCGAGAGGAACUUCAAGUCAUCUCAUAUGCAGAUACAGUGCGUGCCGGUACCGAGGGCUAGCGAGCCACAGAUACUUGAGGUGUUCCAGGAUGAAGCGGGCAUCAACAGUAUACAGAUAGAAGUGCUGCCGCCGUACUCUGAGAUGAGCCAAGUCGCCACGCCGGGAACUCCCUACUUCCACGCGGAGCUGCCCAGCGGCGAGCAACUCUUCGCUCACACGAAGCAGAACUUCCCUCUGCAGUUCGGGAGAGACGUCCUCUCGAGCCCUGAGAUCCUAGACUGCGAGGAUAAAGCGGACUGGCGGCAGUGCCUCCUCAGCCGCGACCAAGAAGACGUAUACGUCACAGACUUCAGGAAAAAGUUCCGCCCAUACGACUUCACUGCGGACGACGAUAGCGAUUGAUUCUGGGCCUGGCUCGAGUAUUUGAUCGACAAGAUGUACAUGUAUGUUAUGUCAGGUAACUUCAUUGUCUUAAUAUUUGCGGUUUCAGUUUUUGUGAAACUGUUAUUUAUGCUCGGAAUUUACAAUUAAACGGAUUUUAAGAAAUGUUUCACCCUUAAGACUUUACAUCGGACGAUGAUAGCGAUUGAUUCUGGGCCUGGCUUGAGUAUUUGAUUGACAAGAUGAGUGUUAUAUCAGUUACCUUCAUUGUCUUUAAUAUUUAUAACUUCUGACUCCGAGACUGCUGCUGACGACGAUAGUGAUGGAUUCUGGGCCCUAUUAAAGUACUUGCUUGAUAAAAUGUACGUUAUGUCGCGUUAAUUACAUAUAUAAUAAAAAAAGUUGUAUAUAUUCAAGCAUUCAUCUUUGCUGUUAUAGUCAUUAGGUACAAGGUGCUAUUCAUGCAUCGAAGCUUCAAUAUUUUUUGUUAAAAAUAUAAAUUUUCGGUAAAGUUCUGGUUUUGGCCCUGCAAUAUCCUAUACAGUUAUUAAUCUAUUCUAUCACUACUCUAUAUUUAAAAAGAACCAUAUAUGUAUAAUAAGUAUAAAAAAAAAUCCAUGCCGAAAGGACGAGUACAGUCGCCGGCAUAAAGAAGUGAUGAUUUAUGUACCUUGUCAUAUUAACGUCUUGUUUGAAAUGUCAUACGAAAUUGUUAAUCGAUUAAAGGCGACAAGGUAGAGGUACAGAAAUCAUCACUCCUUUAUGCCGGUGACUGUAUCUAGUUUACAUCGCGCGCGAGAAACCGUCACGUCCGUCAUUUGUUUGCCCUGCAAGUGGGAUGAUUUUAGUCAAAUGAUAGCAGUUAAUGAAACCUACCUUUACAUUGUGUAAAUAAAAAUGUUGUAAAACGACAUGAAAGUAUAAAAAUGUAAUUAUUUUUCUCCAAAUGUAUUUAAUAAUACAUGUAAAUUUUAAGUGUAACUUUUAAGAAAGAAAUAAAACCACAAAGUUUCAAGUAAA